AAUGCGGAAGUGCGUUCUCCUUUUGGCUACGUGGAAGUAGCUUUUCAUUUAACCCCAGGGAGAGAGCAUCUUUUGCCCUCACCCGGCUCAUCCAUUCCUAAAAAAAAUGAUUAAAAAGUUUGACAAAAAGGAUGAAGAGUCUGGAAGUGGCUCAAACCCUUUCCAGCACUUGGAGAAGAGCGCGGUGUUGCAGGAGGCUCGUAUUUUUAACGAGACUCCCAUCAACCCAAGGAGAUGUCUGCAUAUCUUGACCAAGAUUAUUUACCUGCUCAACCAGGGUGAGCAUUUUGGCACCACUGAGGCGACUGAGGCUUUCUUUGCAAUGACCAGGCUGUUUCAGUCUCAUGACCAAACUCUGAGGAGGAUGUGCUACCUGACCAUUAAAGAGAUGGCCAACAUCUCUGAGGAUGUCAUCAUCGUCACCAGCAGUUUGACCAAAGACAUGACUGGAAAAGAAGAUGUGUACCGUGGGCCUGCCAUUAGAGCCUUGUGCAGAAUCACAGAUACCACCAUGCUGCAGGCCAUUGAGAGAUACAUGAAACAGGCCAUCGUGGAUAAGGUGCCAUCUGUGUCCAGCUCGGCACUGGUCUCAUCUCUGCACAUGGUGAAAGGGAGCUACGACGUGGUGAAGCGCUGGGUCAAUGAAGCUCAGGAGGCAGCGUCCAGUGACAACAUCAUGGUCCAGUACCAUGCUCUGGGGUUGCUGUACCACCUGAGGAAGAACGAUCGUCUGGCUGUGACUAAGAUGUUGAAUAAAUUCACAAAGUCUGGCCUCAAGUCCCCGUUUGCCUACUGCAUGUUGAUCCGUAUCGCCAGCAAACUGUUGGAUGAGACGGAGGGCGGCCACGACAGCCCGUUGUUUGACUUCAUCGAGAGCUGCCUGAGGAACAAGAACGAGAUGGUGGUUUACGAAGCUGCGUCUGCCAUUGUCCACAUGCCCAACUGCACGGCCCGGGAGCUGGCCCCUGCCGUCUCUGUUCUGCAACUCUUCUGCAGUUCCCCCAAAGCGGCUUUAAGAUACGCAGCCGUCAGGACCCUCAACAAGGUGGCGAUGAAGCACCCGUCCGCGGUCACGGCGUGUAACCUGGACCUGGAAAACCUGAUCACCGACUCAAACCGCAGCAUCGCGACUCUGGCCAUCACCACUCUGCUGAAGACCGGCAGUGAGAGCAGCGUGGACCGCCUCAUGAAGCAGAUCUCCUCCUUUGUGUCCGAAAUCUCCGACGAGUUCAAGGUGGUCGUGGUGCAGGCCAUCAGCGCCCUGUGUCAGAAAUACCCCCGAAAACACAGCGUCAUGAUGAACUUCCUCUCCAACAUGCUCCGGGACGACGGCGGUUUUGAAUACAAGCGCGCCAUCGUGGACUGCAUCAUCAGCAUCAUCGAGGAGAACCCUGAGAGCAAAGAGACCGGCCUGGCUCAUCUGUGCGAGUUCAUCGAGGACUGCGAACACACCGUUUUAGCCACGAAAAUCCUGCACCUGCUCGGGAAGGAGGGACCCCGGACGCCCCAGCCCUCCAAGUACAUCCGCUUCAUCUUCAACCGCGUGGUCCUGGAGAGCGAGGCUGUACGCGCCGCUGCUGUUAGCGCUCUGGCUAAAUUUGGAGCUCAAAACGAUGAUCUUCUCCCGAGUGUCCUGGUCCUGAUGCAGAGGUGCAUGAUGGACAGUGACGACGAGGUGCGAGACAGAGCCACGUUUUACAUGAACGUGCUGCAGCAGAAACAGAAGGCCCUCAACGCGGCUUACAUCUUUAAUGGUCUGUCUGUGUCCGUCCCUGGUCUGGAGAAGUCUCUGCAUCAGUACACUCUGGAACCUUCGGAGAAACCGUUCGACAUGAAGACCGUUCCCCUGGCGACGGCGCCCAUCACAGAACAGAAAACAGAAAUCGCUCCAGUGGCCACCAGCAAACUGCCAGAGAAACUCGCUCCAUCGCGUCAAGACAUUUAUCAAGAACAACUGUCUGGGAUCCCGGAGUUCCAGGGUCUGGGGCCUCUGUUCAAGUCGUCGGAGCCGGUGCAGCUCACGGAGGCGGAGACCGAGUACGUCGUCCGCUGCAUCAAACACACUUUCGCCCGUCACAUGGUUUUCCAGUUCGACUGCACGAACACGCUCAACGACCAGCUGCUUCAGAAGGUGGUGGUGCAGAUGGAGCCGUCGGAGUCGUACGAGGUCAUUCACUACGUCCCGGCGGCGAGUCUCCCCUACAGCCAACCCGGCUCCUGUUACACGCUGGUGCGGCUCCCCGACGACGACCCCACGGCCGUUUCUUGCACGUUUAGCUGCACUUUGAAGUAUCUGGUGAGAGACUGCGACCCGAACACCGGAGAGCCAGACGACGACGGAUAUGACGACGAGUAUGUGCUCGAGGACCUGGAGGUGACUGUGGCCGAUCACAUUCAGAAAGUUUUAAAACCAAACUUCGGCGCCGCGUGGGAAGAAGUCGGGGAUGAGUUUGAAAAGGAAGAAACAUUCGCUCUGGCGUCUGUACGAACUCUCGACGAGGCGGUUGGUAACAUCGUGAGCUUCCUGGGCAUGCAGCCGUGUGAACGCUCUGACAAAGUUCCCGAAAACAAAAACUCGCAUGUCCUUUUCCUCGCAGGAGUGUUCCGUGGCGGCCAUGAUGUUUUGGUGCGCGCUCGCUUGGCUCUGGCGGAUGGCGUUACGAUGCAGGUCACAGUUCGGAGCAGCGAGGAGACGGUGGUCGAUGUCAUCCUCGCGUCUGUCGGUUAAACCCACCAGUCUGUGCCACUGCUACAAUACAAAUAUAACACCGUACUACAAAAGAAACACUUAAACAUCAUAGAGGGAGCUGUUGCUAUCAAACACUUGUCCUGUUUUAUUUCUUGUGUCUUUAUUUGUAUUUCCUGCUUCUCAUGUCUCAACAGAUGUAUCUAUAAUAAAUCUACAAGUCUAU